AAUAGCUGGUAGAGGUAAAGAGCUUGGACCCUACAUGCACUUCUUUCCUAGCAGGGAGCAUGGAGUGGUCAGCUUUAUCUUUUUCUGGGUCACUCUGGUUCUCUUGCUCCCUGCUGCUGUCCCUGGCACAAGGGACACUGGUUGAAAGCAGCAGAAGAGCUAACAUGGACAGUGGCUUCUUGUACAGGCGCUUGAAGAACCACGAAAAGAGGGAGAUGCAGAAGGAGAUCCUCUCCAUCCUUGGACUGCCACACAGACCAAGACCGGUGCAUGGACUUAGCCCUGCUCAGCUGCACCAGCCUGGAAAACUGAACUCUGCUCCCCUUUUUAUGCUGGACCUGUAUAAUGCCAUGUCUGGCCAGGAACAGGGUAUGGACAUCAGAGACUGGUCACAAAGAACAACUCCAUACAGCCAUCAGAUGAAGGUCAAGAGUCUAUUGAGCAGUCCACUGGCCAGUGCCCAGGACAGUGCUUUCCUCAAUGAUGCUGACAUGGUCAUGAGCUUUGUCAAUCUGGUUGAACAUGAUAAGGAGCUGCCACCCCGUCUAAGACAUCACAAAGAAUUCAAGUUUAAUCUAUCACAGAUUCCAGAGGGAGAGGCAGUGACGGCUGCAGAAUUCAGAAUUUACAAGGACUGUGUCUUGGGCACCUAUGAAAACCAGACUUUUUUAAUCAGCGUAUAUCAAGUAUUAACAGAACACAAAAGCAGAGAAUCUGAUUUCUUCCUCCUGGAUACUCAGACAGUGUGGGCUUCUGAGGAAGGUUGGCUGGAAUUCGACAUCACUGCAACCAGUAACUUAUGGGUAAUGAAUCCGCGGCGCAACCUUGGACUACAGCUUAGUGUAGAAACCAGAGAUGGUCAGAAUGUAAACACAAGAGUUGCCGGUCUGGUUGGCAGGGAUGGCCCAUAUGACAAGCAGCCAUUCAUGGUAGCUUUUUUCAAAGCAAGUGAGGUUCACCUGAGGACAGCAAGAUCUGCAACAAGCAAGCGCAAGAACCAGAACCAGAACCGGAAUCGCUAUUCUCACUCACAAGAUGUGUCAAGAGUAUCCAGUGUAACAGAUUAUAAUAACAGUGACCUUAAAUCAGCAUGCCGAAAACAUGAGUUGUAUGUCAGCUUUCAAGAUUUAGGAUGGCAGGACUGGAUAAUAGCUCCAAAAGGCUAUGCGGCUAACUACUGUGGAGGAGAGUGCUCAUUCCCACUGAAUGCUCAUAUGAAUGCCACAAACCAUGCCAUCGUUCAGACCCUGGUCCACCUUAUGAAUCCGGAGUAUGUGCCAAAGCCGUGUUGCGCCCCAACCAAGCUAAACGCCAUCUCAGUGCUUUAUUUUGAUGAUAACUCAAAUGUCAUACUUAAGAAAUACAGGAACAUGGUGGUGAGAGCAUGUGGCUGUCAUUGAGGAGAGGGGGCAAAAGUCCUACAGCAGAUCCUCAGAGGAACCCCAGAGUCAAGCGAGGACCACCCAUUGGCAGCACAUUGCUAUCAAAGACUGAGACAAUCAGCAGGAAGCAUAGGCAAUGCUUAUUUAUAAAGAGGUCAGUUAUGUAUAUUACAUGUACUCACACUGUGCCGCCAAAGAUGGAUGUAUCAAUUCAGGAUGGAUAUAUGGAACGAAAGAGAAUCGUCCAAAUUAAGAUUUCGAAACUGUAUUUUAGUUAGCUUGGAUCAAGCUGUGUUUCAACAUAAAAUAAAUAAAUA